CUCGAGGAAUCCUUCAGUGCAGGGGGUCUGGAUAUAAAUAUCAUUCUUCACGAGGACUAGACAAGACCUCAGUUUUCAAUUUAUUCUGUUGCGUGCUUUAUUUCAUCAUUAGACUGUUGCUGAAAACUAUUUAAUCGAUAAUAUGGCACCGUACAUCAUUGCAACUUGCAAGCAAACCCGCUUCCAUCGUCUUGAUGACCAUCCUUCGCAGGAGAUAGAUGUGGACGGACUUCAUAUCUCGGUGGCAUCAUCACUAGAGACGACGGAUACCUCAUCGAGACCGAAGUCGAAAGGCAAAUCAAAAGCCAAGGCCGAAGCAAGAGAGCUGAUCGUGGAUACUCAUCUGCGUCUCAAGCCUGGCAUCCAUUACGGGUUUAUCGGACGAAAUGGCACCGGAAAGUCGACACUUUUACGGGCCGUGGCCGAAAAGCUCGUUCCUGGUAUACCUUAUUCGACUCGCAUUGCUUUUCUACAGCAGACAGAUGCGACCGAGGACGAAUCUAAUGAUUCAUGGACUGGAGAUCGACAGAUGACAGUCCUGGAGCAAGUUAUGAGUAGAGAUAGUUCCAGGAAUGAAGUUACCCGGAAGAUGAGAGUCCUAUCAAAAAGCUUCGAGGCUGAUGACCCGUUAUUUCCGGUCCGCGCAAUUCGCCAAAUCCGCCAUGAGCAACUUGAGUACCAGCUCUUUGUAGCUCAGAAGAACGCAAGCUUAAAGAGUGGAGCUAGAGGGAUACAGGCGCGCAAGGACUUGAAGGCCAUUGAAGAAAAGGUCCAGGCCUCUAGAGAGAUGCUAGAACAAGAAAAGGAAUCAAUUGACGCUGAGGGAAUAAAAGCGGAUACACAAGCUGCGGUGGAUACACUCCGAGAUCUCCAAUCCCAGUUUGAAGCAAUGAAACUAGUCGACAUUGAACAACAAGCUCGUCAGACCCUCAUUGGCUUAGGUUUCAAGGAAACUUGGUUCACCAAACCAUUCCCUACCCUAUCUGGUGGCUGGCGCAUGCGGUGUAUGCUAGCAAGCGUCUUGAUUCAGAAUCCUGAUAUCAUGAUUCUUGAUGAGCCAACCAAUUUCCUGGAUCUCCUGGGCGUAGUCUGGCUACAGAACUAUCUUCAACUGUUGCGCGACUCGUCCGAAACGACGGUUGUUCUUGUGUCGCAUGAUAGAGACUUCAUUAAUGCAGUUUGUGGAGAGAUCAUGAUUCUCAGAGAUCAGAAACUGUCAUACUUUCGAGGUAACCUGUCUGCAUUUGAGAAGGAUUUUGAGGAGCAAAAGCUUUACUGGGGACGUAUGAAGGAAGCCCAGGAGCGUCAAGCUGCUCACAUGAAAGCAACCAUUCGAGACAACAUCAAGAUUGGGAAGAAAACAAACGAUGAAAAUAAGUUGCGGAUGGCCAAAUCCCGUCAGAAGAAAGUUGACGACCGGAUGGGCAUCCAGGUGAGCGCGAAUGGAGGGCGAUUCAAGCUGAAUAGAGAUCUUAUGGGCUGGCACUUGUCAGCCCGUGCGGAAAUUGAGGUCCCACAAGACGAACGAGGAGCAUCGAUGAUGCUUCCUGAUGCUAGCAAAUUACGAUUCCCAGGUCCGCUGAUCUCCUUGGAAGGUAUCAUAUUUCAAUACAAUGCUAGUGAAGCGCCUGUAUUGAACGGCAUUGACUUGGUGAUGCACAUGGGUGAUAGAGUUGGUAUUAUGGGUCUCAAUGGGUCUGGAAAAUCGACCCUCGUUCGCCUCCUAGCAGGCAGUACUUUGCCAACAAAGGGGAAGGUAUCGACUCAUUCAAGGCUCAAACUUGGGUACUAUGCACAGCACUCGAUUGAGGAACUCCACGAAGAAGGUCGAGCUAAUCCUAGUUUAACUGCUCUGCAGUUGAUGACACGAGAGGUUGAUGGGACCUUUGGUGAAGGUGAGCUAAGAGGCUUGCUCUCAUCUAUGGGUCUCCAGGGCCGGAUUGUUUCCGAUGUACCGUUAUUCCGGUUGUCAGGAGGUCAACUUGUACGUCUUGCCUUGGCGAGAGUCGUAUGGAACUCACCACAACUACUUAUUCUGGAUGAAAUCACAACACACCUGGACUUCCACACGGUAACCGCUCUCUCAUCAACACUCUCCUCUUUCAAUGGUGCUAUUUUAUUGGUAUCCCAUGACCGUUUCCUCGUCCGGUCCGUGAUUGAAGGGAAGAAAGAUGAGGAUCACAAUCUAGACGACGAUUUUGAAGGCGUUGACGAUGAGCCGGAGGAAUCGCCGAAUCGACGACGAGUAGUGUAUGUUAUCAAGACAGGAAAGCUCAACGAGCAGCAGAAUGGCGUAGAGCAGUUCGAACAGAGUCUCGUGAAGAGGGUUCAAAAGAUGCUCCCGACACCGGGAUAAUUACUAUGAGUCGCCAAUUGACUCC